AACCGCUAAAAUGCUCCGGGAGGUUUAGGUGGUUUACCUGAGAAAAAACUGCUGGUUGCCGGCAUGUACCCCAACUCCCAGCCGGCCAGACACCCGGCCCAGACGCUGCCCAUUAACAGCCAGUACAUGGCGCACUCGUAUGACCUCGCCGCCUACCAUCACAUGACGGGAGUCGGUGACCCUUCUGGAAGUACCUGGAACACAGUUUACCGGGACGAGUACCCCUACAGCUUCCCAGGUUGCAGCCCCGGCACCGGGCAGGUAAACUUCACCACUGCGGAGCUGAGCGGCACGCCCACCACCACUGGAGUUGGGGGAGGAGGAAGCCUCACUCCCUACAACCUUUUCUCCAGUCCGGACCCUUUUGUCACCAGGAGGCGACCCCUUGAGCAGGUCAAGCCUUCUGCACCUUCAGGAGGGAAGACUCGGACAAAGGACAAGUACAGGGUGGUGUACACGGACCACCAGCGCCAGGAGCUGGAGAAUGAGUUUCAGUUCAACAGCUACAUCACAAUGAGGCGCAAGUCGGAGCUUUCCAUGGCACUCAGCCUCUCUGAAAGACAGGUGAAGAUCUGGUUCCAGAACCGGCGCGCCAAAGAGAGGAAGGUAAACAAGAAGAAGCUGCAGGACUCCCAGCAGCCGUCCACGUCCACCAGCACCCCGCCUGCACCCAUGGGGUCCCGUGAGGGCCACAACGCACCCAGCAACAUUCUGUCCAACGCCAUAUCAGAAGAAUUCAAGCUGGAGUUCAUAUGA